GGCGGCGGCUCCAUGGCGAGGCGGCGGCCGGCCCCGCUGGUCUUGCCCGGCUGCCCGUACUCGGUGUCGGUGGUGCUGGAGGGCUACUGCCGGGCGCAGGCGGACGGCUCCACCCUGGCGGACGGGACGGUGUCGCUGGUGCUGGGCCCCCGCCUGACCCUGGUGGACACGGGCGGGCCCUGGGCCCGGGAGCGGCUGCUGGCCGGCCUGGCGGAGCGCGGGGUGUCCCCGGGCGACGUGGCCCACGUGGUGUGCACCCACGGCCACUCGGACCACGCCGGCAACCUCAACCUCUUCCCGCGGGCCGAGCUGAUCGUGGGCACGGACGUCUGCCAGCCGGGGGGCCGCUACCUGCCGACGGGGCUGCGCCGGGGCGCCCCCUACGCGAUCCACGCGGGGCACCUGGAGGUGCUGCCCACUCCGGGCCACACGGGGAGCGACGUCAGCCUGCUGGUGCUGGGCACUUCGCUGGGCAGCGUGGUGGUGGCCGGAGACCUUUUCGAGCACCAGGAGGACGAGGGCGAGUGGGCGGCCCUGAGCGAAGACCCCGCCCGACAGGCCGAGAGCCGGGCCCGCGUCCUGGCCAUCGCGGACGUCAUUGUGCCCGGCCACGGGGCCCCGUUCCAGGUGUUGAGGGAGGGAGCAGGUGGUGGCGCUCAAUAAAGGGGGGGAUCGAGGCGAGCGGCUGGUCCCUGGGGAGAGCCCUCCUGCCUGGGGUGGGACCCCAAAAGCCGCUGGGGUCGGAGACUUCCACCAGGACAGCCCCUCCCUCGGUCGCCGACGGAGGGGCACCGAACCUUUCCUGGGCCCUUUUCAGGCUCAGGUUCCACAGCAGGAACCGGCAACCAAUAAAGCCUGGCUCCUCGUGGCCCAGUCGAGGGCAAAUGAAGGUGUCUCUGCUGGUUCCUUGAAAUGAUAGUCCGGUCCGAAGUGACGAGGAGCACUCUAUCUUGGCCAGUGUCCCCGACAGCCUCUCCUCCCCAUUUACUUGCUCAUCC